AAUAAAUGAACACAAUGAGUAAUACUAUGGUAAUACAAAUGUGUUUUUGUAGUACUGUGUGUUGUACCGUGAAAGGUUUAGCUCAGUUUCACGCAGAAGACGACGUUCAACACCUAGAACCCGAGGCAGACGUAACGGCAGCACUGUGAUGGCAGACAGCAGGAGAACACACAGCAGCACACACACCACAAGCACAGGCAUACAGCAACACCACAUACCCACAAUCACCAAGAGCUGCAGUGAACUGGUACAGAACCUCCACAGACUGAAUGCUGAUCAGUAUAAUUAGGAACAGAGAUGACUAGUAAUGUUUAUGCAAACUGUGGCGCAAAGUAUGAAGACAUCUAUGCAAAUGACCUUCCAAGGACUAGAGUGAGCAGAAGCAAUGAGGGAAAUAAGAAAUCAGGAGUUUACAGACUGGCUGCAGUGUGUGUGCUGCUGCUGUGUGUUUUCCUGCUGAUUGCUGUCACAGUGCUGUGGGUCAAAUACAACACCCUGACAAAAGAGAGACCGCAGUUACAAUUAGAGAGAGAUCAGUACCAACAAGAGCUCUCUGAAUUUCACAGUGUCCUUUUAAACCUGGGAUGGAGAUUUUUCAACAAGAGAUUUUAUUACAUUUCUACUGUAAAGAAGAGCUGGUGGGAAACCAGACAGCACUGUAUAAAGAGAGGAGCAGAUCUGGUGAUUAUAAACAGUACAGAGGAACAGGUUCUGGUGGAAAGGACAACCAAAUGAUUAUGAACAAAGAGAGGACUGUAUUAUAACAGGCUUUAGAAAGCCUGAGUUUAACAUCUCAACCUGGAAUGAUUGUCCCUGUGGUUUGUCUGAAGUUGGGAUUUGUGAGAUGAAAAUAUUUAACUGAAUCCAUGAAACUAAAAAAAAAUAUACAGUAUGAAGCUUGUGUCUGUGCUUCCUUUUCAUUUAUUCUCACAGUAGCAGCUACAGUAUCAGGUAGCUUGAAUGAUUUGCUUCUUCUGAACAGUCUUCUGUACAUUUAAAAAAAAAGAUUAAACUUAAUUCUGUACUUAAAUACAACAUGGU